AUGAGAAUGUAUGUUAUCUUAGAUGACCAAAGCAACCGAUCUCUACAAGUCCAGAAUUUUUUGACCUCUUCAACAUUAACAGUGAAUCAUACUUCCUAUACAUGGCAAACAUGUGCUGGUCAAGUGGAGACUUCAGGAACAACAGCGUAUGGAUUUAUGAUAGUGCCUAUCUAUAGGAACACACAGUUUCCUCUUUCCACGCUUACUGAAUGUGAUCAGUUGCCAGACAACAGGGAAGAGAUACCCACUCCAGAAGCUGCAUGUCACCAAUUCCAUCUCAAGUGCAUAGCUGAUUGCAUUCCUCCUCUUGACAAGUGUGCCAAAAUAUUAAUCCUUUUAGGCAGGGACAUCCCAAGAGUUCACAAAGUGCACAAAGAGUGCAAUGGACUUAAUGAUGCUGCUUAUGCCCAGAGACGCUAUUUGGGCUUUGUAGUAGGUAUGAAGAGUACAGACUACAAUGUGAAUUGCAGUCAACAGCCAGCUCUUGUGAAAACACAGUUACAUCACCCUAGAAGGAACCUUGAGCAGAGGUCUCAGCCUGGAAAGGACAUUGACGAGGUUUAUCUCACUCAUGUACCACACCUUCCAUCAGAGCAUCAGUGCCACCAAACCCCUGAAUGUGACAGUGGAACACCUGUGACACAUCACCCGACAGAGCAUCUACAGCUGCGAGCUCAGACAGUGAAGGUGUAUGAUGACCUUCCUCUCUCUCCUACACCAACACUUCACUCAGGACAUGGCUGCAGCAGGAGCUCUGAAUGUGACACAACUAAAGGAUUUCACAGAAAGACAGAAAUGCACAAAUGUGCUGAAUGCAGUAAGUCUUUCACAUAUGCCAGUGCCCUGAAAAAUCAUCAAGCUAUUCACACAGGAUUGAAACCAUAUAAAUGUGCUGAAUGCAGUAAGUCUUUCACAUAUGCCAGUGCCCUGAAAAAUCAUCAAGCUAUUCACACAGGACUAAAACCAUAUAAAUGUACCGAAUGCAGUAAGUGUUUCAGAUAUCCCAGCGAUCGUCGACGACAUCUUGUCAUUCACACAGGACUGAAACCACAUAUAUGUACCGAAUGUGGUAAGUCUUUUGUAUGGGCCAACAGCCUAAAAAGUCAUCAAACCAUUCAUACUGGAGCAAAACCAUAUAAAUGUACUGAAUGCAGUAAGUGUUUCAGAGAUCGCAGCAGUUUUCGACGGCAUCUUGUCAUUCACACAAGACUGAAAUCACAUAUAUGUACCACAUGUGGUAAGUCUUUUGCACGGGCCAAUAGCCUAAAAAGUCAUCAAGCCAUUCAUACUGGACCAAAAGUCAUAGUAGAGAACUGUAAAAAGAGGGGAAGAAUCUAAGUAUGGCAA